ACUCUACUUACUUGAAAGCGAAGGAUGGCUUUGACCGUGUCGACGGACCUCUCAGUGAACACUAGCCCAACUCAGGUAGAGGAAAAACUACAAAACAAACAAAAAGCUCUCCGGGAAAGCAUCGAAAAGGGGGAGCCCAAAGUAUUCGGGGUUGCUCAGAUAGUAAUAGGAUUGCUGAUCAUCUCCUAUUCUAUUCCUCUGCUCUCCGCUAAGAGGACCAUGAUACUUAACUUUGGUGUGCCAUGGUGGAGUGGCUUUAUGUUUGUCAUUUCAGGCGCAGCUGCAAUAGCAUUGGAAAAGUAUGCCAACUUGAAAGCAGUCUCUGUUUGUUUGGCGGUCUCUGCUUUGACUAUUAUCAUCUCAGUUGUUGCACUUGUCCUAUACUUUGUUGACAUUACAUUAAAUCCAGAAACCAGUUGCCAAAUGGGACCGAAUGAUAUGUGUGACCACCAGUAUUAUGCCACUCAUUUUAGCACGGGUUUGAAGACAACCAUCUCCUUAGUCAGUAUGGUCCAGAUAGGAAUGUCCUCUGCUUUUACAGUUAUACUGUACAAUCAGAGGAGGAGCUUUACAGGCUAUAUGACCAUGACUGAAUGAAAUCCUGCUUAAUCCCAUGACAUUUCUGGAUUUAAAUCAGAGGUCCUUUCCACUAUCCACUUCAUAUAGCCUACAUGUGCUUUUCCUUGUUGUAUUUUCAGUAAAAUUGUAUGUGAAUUGUAUACUUUUAUAUAAAUAAUCAAAAUCAACAUAUAAAGAUUUGUAUUAUUAUUAUUAUUAAAGUUACAUUUAAAAAUGG